AUGGCGCGGCAACGCAGCGCCAGUCUUUCUAGUAAUACUUCUAUUUGCAGGUACCAGUCAGCCGCCGACACCACCGACCUGCUGCUCGGCCCGGCGAAGACCACCCACCUGCACUUCUUCCUCCACGACACCCUGAGCGGGAAGGACCCGAGCGCCGUCCUCGUCGCCCGCGGCGGCAGCCGCACGCCCAAGCCCGACGACCCGGUGCCCUUCGGCUCCCUCUACGCCACCGACGACGUGCUCACCGAGGGCCCCCAGCGGGAGUCCAAGGUGGUCGGGAACGCGCAGGGCCUGUACAUCUCGUCCGGGAGGGCGCAGCUGUCGCUCGUCCUCGGCAUGGACUUCGAGCUCACCGACGGCCCCUUCAACGGCAGCGCAUUCGUCGUCUACUCGCGGAACACGGUCGUCGAGCACCCGGUCGGGAGGGAGCUCGCCAUCGUCGGCGGCCGCGGCAAGUUCCGGAUGGCCCGGGGCUACGCCUUGCUCCGGACGCAUUACUUGGACAACAACAAUGGCGACGCCAUCAUAGAAUACAACGUCACCCUCCAUCACCAUUGA